GAACACAUUCUAAGUUCUGUGGUUGUUUUUGAUUUUUGCACGUUAUCUUGAAAGAAAUUUCUAGAAUUACAUAUUUAAAAUAAUAAGUUUCAUUUAAAUUCGUUAAUUCUACAAUUUUAUUAUUCAAAUGGCUAUGUUUGGUAUCAUCGUCUCUGGUCGUCUGGUCUCAACAGAUUAUCAACCAAUUAAUGAAAGACAAUUUAUAACUACCAUCCUAGAUGCUGAUAACGUCAACCAUGUAGUAGUGUUCUUAACUGGAGCAAUUCCCUUUCCAGAGGGUACUGCUGGGCAAGUUUACUUCAGCUGGCCUGACCCCACUGCACCCCCCAAUUGGCAAUUACUAGGAUAUAUUUCUAAUCAGAAGCCCUCAGUUAUAUUCAAAUUAUCAAACAUAAAGAAACUCCACGAAAUGGGAGACUUCUCUAAUACAUCUACAUUUGGCCAGCAGGAUAUUAGUCAUAAUGCCCAAUUAGGAAUAUCAAUAGAGCCGCUUUCAAACAUUCAAGAAGGUCCUUCAUCAACUGAUGCAACAACAUAUGUAAAUUAUGCUCAGAAAAUGUUAGAAAGCUUUAUGAACUAUGUUUUAAGCUACACUAUAACACAGGCUCAUAUGGUGCCCGAUCCUACAGCAACUUAUGUACCUCUAUCCACUGUUCAACAUUGGUACACUAACUUUGAAAGAAGACUUACUCAAAACCCCAACUUUUGGAAAACGUAAGUUAUGUUUGCCCCCAAUAAUAUCAUUUAAACUGGUAACCGAUUUAAAUAACUGCUUUACAUCUGAAAUGCAUUUAAUGAAUGAAAUAAUUACAUCAGGAUAAGUAAAUCUUUUUAGUUAUAUAAAGUUGAAUUAAUAUAAGCUUUAAAAUUGUGUUUUAUUGCAUUAUUUCAUGUCAGUCAUAAUUUUGUAUGUUUGUAAAAUUGAGAUUUAGUAAAAAUAAAUUAUUUUAGUGAUUA